GCACCACCCUGUCGGGCCUCGGCCAUCUCGCUGCCGAGCGCCCCAGCCCCCUCGCUCGCCUUCCACCUCGCGCACGACUGGAUUCCAGUUGCGCAAGCGCCGCCGCCGCCGGUUGAUCUCCCCCUUCGAUUCUCUCGCCGCCGACCGUUUCUCCUCCAAUCACUCCACGGACCGAUUCCGCCCUUUUAGCUCCCCGUUCCAUCUCCUUGAUCUCCCCCAAUUCGUAACCCUACCUUGCCCUACUGGGUCCUCCGCCCGUGCCUGACAAUGAGCAGGCACAACACACGCAAUAAGAACAAGAGGCCGCGGGCCGAUGAGUCCGCGAGCCCGUCCUAUGCUGUUCUGAAGAAGAUACAUUCCACGGGCACGAUCACGGAAGGCGAUAUCCGGCAGCUUUAUAGCGUGUGGAAGCCGGUUUGCCAGGGCUGCCAUGGGAAUACCAAGGACUCGCCCAAUUGUUUCUGUGGUUUGGUCCCCAAUGCCAAUGGAGCGAGGAAGACUGGCCUGUGGCAGAAAAAUAGCGAGCAUGUCCGUAGCCUCGGUCCUAACCCGUCUGCCGACCUCCGUGAUUCCAUGGAGACGCCUGCUGGAUUGACUAAUCUAGGCGCGACAUGUUAUGCAAACAGCAUACUGCAGUGCCUCUAUAUGAAUACUUACUUCCGUUCGGGCAUUUUCUCUCUGGAGCCAGACAUCUUGAAGAAGCACCCUGUUAUUGAUCAGCUGGCUCGGUUAUUUGUGCAGCUACACUCCAGCAAAAUGGCUUUCAUUGAUUCAGCACCUUUUAUCAAGACAUUGGAACUAGACAACGGCGUCCAGCAGGACAGUCAUGAAUUUCUCACCUUGUUUUUGUCUCUGCUCGAGCGUUCAUUAAGCCACUCCAAAGUCUCCGGUGCUAAAACUAUUGUGCAACAUUUGUUCCGCGGGAGUGUGUCACAUGUGACUCGGUGCUCAUCAUGUGGAAGGGAUUCUGAAGCAUCUUCAAAGAUGGAAGACUUCUAUGAACUGGAGCUAAACAUUAAAGGUCUAAAUAAUUUAGAAGAAAGUUUGGAUGACUACUUGAGUGUGGAGGCACUGAACGGGGAGAACCAGUACUCCUGUGAGUCAUGUCAGAAAAGGGUAGAUGCGACUCGUUGUAUAAAACUUCGUUCGCUUCCUCCUGUUGUUAAUUUUCAGCUCAAGCGUUAUGUAUUCCUACCAAAGACAACAACAAAGAAAAAGAUCUCUUCAGCAUUCAGUUUUCCGGCACAACUAGAUAUGGGAAAGCGGUUAUCAAACCCUUCAUCUAGUUACACUUAUGAUCUGGCUGCUAUUUUGAUUCACAAGGGUAGUGCUGCUAAUAGUGGGCACUAUGUGGCACAUAUAAAGGACGAAAGCAGCUGUCAGUGGUGGGAGUUUGAUGAUGAGUGUGUAUCCAAACUUGGUUUUCACCCCUUUGGUGAAAAACCAAGCAAGUCAUCUGAUAAAGUUGAUCAGAAAUCUGAAGUUACUUCUUCGGAAGGUUCUGUUGCAAAUGGUAAUAAAAGUAGCUAUCAUGAGGCUAAACCGAGUUGUACUAUGGGACCGAUGUUCUCUUCUACAGAUGCUUACAUGCUGAUGUACAAACGAUCCAGCAAGGAUGAGAACGGUACCGAGAGCAAUAAUAUCAUGGAAGCCAAUAAUAGUUCGCUUCCACGCCAUUUUGCGGAUGAGAUUAAUGAAUUGAAUGCAUUAUAUGUAAAGGAAUGUGAGGAGUAUGAAAGUAAGAAAGAUAAACUUUUGGCGUCCAUACAAGAGAGGCGUGAUGAAGUAAGAGCUGUUCUUACAGAAGCACCUGCUCCCCCAGACGAUGAUUCAUAUUUUUGGAUUUCAGCAGACUGGCUUCGCCAAUGGGCGGAUAAUGCCAACCCUCCAUCUUCGAUUGACAAUAGUCCAAUACAAUGUGAACAUGGAAAGGUUCCAGCAUCUAAAGUCACAUCUAUGAAGCGAUUAUCGGCUAAAGCCUGGCAGAAGUUACUUUCCAAAUAUGGAGGAGGACCAGUAUUGAGCCGUAAUGAUGUCUGCAUGGAAUGCCUCAAGGAUGGAGCAAAAACUGCAGUGUCUGCUGAUGUCUAUCGUGAUCGAAAAGCAUCAUUGAAAAAUCUCGCAGAAGCAGCACUUGCUGGAAUUAUCCCAGAAGGACCUUCUUACUUUGUUUCAAAGACAUGGUUGACCCAUUGGUUGCGAAGAAAAAAUGCGGAUAUCCCUUCUGAUCCUGAUAAUGUACCAACAAGUGCUCUAAGAUGCAGCCAUGGGGAUCUUCUUCCAGAGCACGCUCCUGGGGCAAAGCGUGUAUCUGUGCCAGAGAGUCUAUGGCUGUUUCUCUAUGAAACCGUCAAUGCAAGGGAAGCUGACAAUAUUGCAACUUUUCCAUCAGAUUGUCAACCAUGCGAAAUCUGUGGCGAGAAAUUGUCAGUUGUUGCUUCUGUUGAGGAUAAUCUUAGAGCGAUAAAACUCAAGCAACGACAGAGACAUGAAAAGUUAAUAUCUGGGAAAGGCUUUGCACUUCACCCUGGGCAAAAGUAUUAUUUGGUUCCUUCCUCAUGGUUGUCAGAAUGGAGAACUUACAUUACGGCGACUGGAAAAAAUGUUUCGUCGUUACCAGAACCUCAAAGUCUUGAAGUUGUUAUCAAUUCACUUAAAUGUGAGAAGCAUUCAAGAUUGUUGCAAAGGCCUCUGGAUCUAGUUUGUAAACGUGGGAAUAUCACCCAGAAAACAUCAAAUACUGAUGGGUUAGCGAUCAUCUCAGAAUCAGAUUGGAUAUUAUUCUCUGAAGAGUGGAAUAUAACACAUGGGAAUGGCGCAUCUGCUGAAAUUAUUUGUAGCAAUAGCUCUCAAGAUAAAUUGCAUGGGUCAUCUGAAGCGAUGAUAAUUUUGGAUGAAGAUCCAGACCAGUCUAUUAAUGAUGCAAAUAAUUCUUUGGAGGACAGUUCACCCUAUAUCAGAACCGAUCCUGAGGUUUGUGAAGAAUGUAUUGGAGAAAUAGAGAGCUGUGCAUUGGUGCAGAAACUCAACUACCAGAACGAAGAUAUCCAUGUCUAUCUUGUGCGUGGAAAAGAGGCACCAAAGUCAAUUAGAGAGGCAUGUCCAGCUCUUCCUAUUCCAGAUCGUCGGACUACGAAGCGUUCCCGGAGAACAACCUCGGGGAACUCGAUCAAUUUAAAAGUCUCUGGUUCCACAUCUGUCUAUCAGUUGAAACUCAUGAUAUGGGAAUCUCUAGGGAUUGUUAAGGAGAACCAGAAGCUUCAUAAAGGCUCUGUUGAGAUUGAAGAUGAUCUUGCUACUCUCGCUGACAAGGCUAUUUUCCCUGGGGAUGUUCUAUGGGUCAAAGACUCUGAAAUGUUUGAGAACCGUGAUAUAGCAGAUGAAAUCUCAGAGCAGAAGGCUGAUGUAUCUGCUGAGGAAGGCUUCCGUGGUACACUGCUGACAUCCAGUGUAUCAACUCAGCUUUGUCAAGACAUAGCAUUGAGUGAAUGAGUUUUCAUUUCCCCAAAAUCACUGUAUGCACGUGUCGGCUUCCCAGCUGGUUAUGCUUGUUUAGAGGAACCGGAGGGCAUCGGUGUUACGUGGUUCUGGCUCGAUUUUUUUUGUCUAUGUCUGUCUCCGUGCUAUGUCUUACACCUUAGCGUGUCUCAGUCUGUUGUAUCCUCGUGCCAAAAUGAGGGGGAAAACGAAGAGGUUCUGCUGCUGCACCCUUCCCUGAUCCUGAUGUAAUUACUUAGGUAGUUAAACUAUUUUCGGCUCUGCAGUCCCGUUAGCGUAGCCUUUUGUUUUGUCGCGAGAGCCAUGGGAGACUUCUGUUGUACCUGACACGGGGUGCCUAUCGAGGGUGACUUUGACUUCUGCUUGGAUGGAAUAGUAGGCUCUGCAAUGCUUUUUUAA